GCGACGGUUCGGCGUUCUUUGAGGGCGAUGUUCGUGACGAGCUGCUGCUGAUGACCCUCACGCGAUUGUGGGCUCCCAGGAGCUUCAUCCUCAGCUUUGUGGGAGAGAGGGCGCCUGCCUACAUGAACACCGAAGAGUUUGUGAUUCAGCAAUGGGACAGAUUGUGGACACCCCUUUCUUUACACUGGAACUUGAGCAUGGUGGGCUUUUCUGUGGACCAAGAAAUAACAUGGAGUACUAUAAUCCUUCUAUGGAGGUGAUUGACUAUGUUGAUGCUGGCACAUUCUCAUAUUCAGCUAUUGAAGAGCACUUGCUAUGGUUGGGAUAUCCUGUGGCUGAGCACAUAAUUUAUUGGUGCAUGCCUGACAAAAUGAUUUCAGAUGGUAUGUUGAGAAUUAGAGGUGAUGAGGAUGUGCAACACAUGAUUAGAGCUAGUAGUCAGCAUAAGGUGCUUGCACUAAUGGUUGACCAUGCAGAUUUCAUCAGUAAUUGCAGGGAAGAUUUGGUAUUGACAAUGCCAACAGUUCACAGUUCUGUUGUUGCAGCCAUGCAGAGGUCAAGUGUUGUUGCAGCCAGUGCAGCAUCUUCUCACAGCCUCAUUUCAGUAAAUGUUGAAGAGCCCAUUUCAGAGGUGGCAGCAGAUAACAUAGAAGCAGACAACUUGGUUGCUAAUGGAACAGAAACAGAGACUUUGCUAACUGAUGGUGCAGAGGAUGCAGUGCUCUCAGAUUCAGAGUUCAGUGAUAGUGAUUAUGACAUAGAUGAUGGAGAUGAUGAUUUAUAUGAAGACAAUAUUGAUUUUGAUGUUGAUGAAGAAGCUGAGCAAGUUGAGGAAGAGGUGGAGCCAGACUAUGUACUUGAGGAUGAAGAUCUAAACCUCUCUUUUGAAGAGCAAGAACAACUGAAAUACAAGUUCAAAGCUUUCAAUUCCAGGGUGGACAUGAAAUCCCCUAUAUUUAAAUUAGGGAUGGUAUUUGCUGAUGUGGUUGAGCUAAGGAAAGCCCUUACUGCUUAUUCCAUAAGGAACAGAGUGCAAAUCAAGAAGGUCAAGAAUGAUAAGAUGAGAUUAGAGGUUGUCUGUCAGAGAGGUUGCCCAUGGCUGCUUAAAGCUAGCAAGGACAACAUGACUGGAGGAUUUGUCAUCAAGGCCUACUUUGGAGAGCAUGUCUGUCAGAAAAAGUGGAAGUUGAAGGACUUGACAGCCAAGUUUCUUUGCCAGUUUUUCUUGGAUGAAUUCAGAGAUGACCAGAAGAUGUCACUUGGAACAUUUUCAAGGAAAAUUACUAAGGAAUUCAAUGUUACUCCUAACAGAUGGAAGCCUGCUAGGGCUAGAAAGCAAGCACUUAAUGAGAUUCAUGGUGAUGAGGAAGAGCAAUUCAGUAGGCUUUGGGACUAUGGACAAGAAUUGAGGACCAAAAACGCUGGGUCUACAUUUCUGCUCACAACUUCAGUGGUGAAAGAUACAAAAUUUCCAUUGGGCAGGAAAUGUUUGAAAACAUUGUACUGGUCAUAUGAUGCAUGUAAGAGAGGAUGGCUAAAGGGCUGCAGGCCAAUCAUUUUCAUUGAUGGUUGUCACAUGAAAACAAGGUUCAAAGGAGUGAUACUUAGUGCUGUUGGUAUUGAUCCCAAUGACUGCAUAUUCCCAAUUGCAAUGGGAUGGGUGGAAGUUGAGUGCACAGGUUCAUGGGAGUGGUUUCUGACCACUCUCAGAGAUGAUCUCAACAUCACUAACACUGCUCCUUUCACAAUCAUGAGUGACAAACAGAAAGGUUUAAUAAAUGCAGUGCACAAAGUUUGGCCAGAUUCAGAACACAGGUUUUGUGUCAGACAUAUUUACCAGAAUUUCAAUGAGAAGCACAAAGGAGAGGUACUGAAGCAAGACUUGUGGGCAAUUGCAAGAUCUCCAAACAAAGUGAAGUGGAGAGAAAACUGUCAGAAAAUGGAUGACCACAGUUCAGCUGCUUUCCACUGGACUGAAAGACUAGAGUGGAAAACUUGGUGCAAAGCAUUUUUCAGUGAAUUCCCCAAAUGUGACAUCCUGCUCAACAAUAACUCUGAGGUUUUUAAUAGCUACAUCCUUGAGGGCAGAGAGAUGCCAGUGCUCAGCAUGCUUGAGUACAUUUUCUAUAAGAUGAUGAACAGGAUUGUUAGCAAACAAAGAGAAGCUAUUGAAAAGUGGGCAGGCCAGAGAAUAUGUCCCAAGAUCAAGAAGAAGUUAGAUAAGAACACAGAGUUUGCUGCUAACUGCCAUGUAACAGAAGCUGGUCAGCAAAUCUUCAGAGUUCAGUCUGGUAACAAUAGCUACACUGUGGACCUCUGCUUGUACACUUGUGAUUGCAGGAGAUGGCAGUUAUCUGGAGUACCAUGUGGCCAUUCCAUAGCAUGUUGCAGGGAGGAGAGAAUUGACCCAGAGACACUGGUCCAUGAGUGCUAUACUGUUCAGACAUAUCUGAAAGCUUAUGGAUACACUCUUGUCCCUCUUGCAGACCCUAAGGAGUGGGAGAAACAGAAUGGCUAUAAGGUGUAUCCACCAGUGUUCACCAAACAGUUGGGUAGACCCAAGAAAAACAGGAAAAAGACACCAGAGGAGAAGAUCAAGAAUGGUGUUAGGGUUUUGAACAAAAAAGGUGCUACAAUGCACUACUCUAUUUGUGGGAGGGCUGAUCACAACAGAAAGGGGCAUUACAGAUGGCAGGAGGCUCUCAUUGCAGAAGGGGUAGAGGAGGUUGAUGAGAACUAUGAUGACCCAACAUUUCUUCAGAACAUCUUCCCUAACCAGCCAGAUCCUUUACUGGAUCCAAUUGGCACACCAUUCAGUAUGGUCUACAACAUGACUCAGAGAGAGCUUGCAAUAAGAGCUCCUCAGAGGGUUCAUGGGCCACUGCCUGAGCAAUCUGCAUUUGUUGCUGCUGCUGGUGCUGCAAUACCUCAGCCAAGGAUCACUACAGAAAUGAACAUAGGUAGACAGACAAGGGCAACCACAAUAGCUGACAGAGGAGAAGGAUCUGGUAGGGGAAGAGGAAGAAAAAGACAAAGAAAUCCAGAAGCAGGCAGAGGGUCAAAUUCAGUUGCAGGUAGAGGAAGAGGGUCAAAUUCAGUUGCAGGUAGAGGAAGAGGAGCAAAUGCAAAUGCAGGUAGAGGAAGAGGAGCAAAUGCAAAUGCAGGUAGAGGAAGAGCAGCAAAUGCAAAUGCAGGGAGAGGAGAAGUUCCAUCUGAAGGGAUAGGAGAAGCAGCAAUUGCAAAUCCAGAUGCCUGGACAGGAUCACUGCCAUUUGCAGGGAGAGGAGGAUCACUGCCAUUUGCAGGGAGAGCAGGAUCACUGGCAUUUGUAGGGAGAGGAGGAUCACUGGCAUUUGCAGAGAGAGGAGGAGCAAACAAUGGCUUAUAACUGAA